CGUCGCCUGACCCUUGGCGUUUCCAACUGUGGGGAUUGUUUCGACAAGUGGCGCGGCUCUCCAGCCUCAGGGGUCGCGGCUCGCUAACUGCCAGCUGUUAGCCGGUUCAAUAACUCCCUCUUCUGUAGAGCAUGAUAAUCGGCCCUCUUUUCAUGAUUUGUAUCCCAGGUUAGCCAGUGGUAUUUUACGACUAAAUUUUUUUGUUUCCUCCUCCCCUAACCUUUCCUUCUUUUCUUCCCUUUCCGACCUUUUUCCCCUCUCCUUUUUCCCAAUUAGCUUGUCAUUCGACUCAUGAUCCGCUGCUAGAUGCCUGCAGCAGUACUUAUUUGGUCCCACAUCCAUCCCACAUAGGUUUCUCGAUCCGGUCUCGUUCCAGCUCGGACUACUUAUUCCUCAGUUAAUCCAGUCUUGAUGGCACACAACUACGAGGUCGGAACGAGGGCCUGGCAGCCUGAUCCGACUGAAGGAUGGAUAGCAUCCGAAGUCAAGGAAAAGGUUGUUGAUGGUGACAAAGUGCAACUUGUUUUUAUUUUAGAAAAUGGGGAGACGAAAACCUUAGAAACCACGCAAGCGGAGCUGCAGGUGGAUAACAAUCCUAGGCUUCCUCCGUUAAUGAAUCCUGCCAUGCUCGAGGCCAGUGAAGAUCUGACAAAUUUGUCCCAUUUGAAUGAGCCAGCUGUUCUGCAGGCCAUUAAACUACGCUACGCUCAGAAGGAAAUUUAUACUUAUAGCGGCAUUGUUCUGAUCGCUACUAAUCCUUUCGCCCGAGUGGACUCACUUUAUGUCCCACAGAUGGUGCAAGUGUACGCCGGCAAGCACCGUGCAUCACAGGCACCCCAUUUAUUUGCUAUUGCUGAAGAGGCUUUUGCUGACAUGUUGCGGGAUGGUAAAAACCAGACAAUCGUUGUUUCUGGCGAGUCGGGUGCUGGAAAGACGGUUAGCGCCAAGUACAUUAUGCGAUACUUCGCAACUCGUGAAUCCUCAGACCAACCCGGGAAGUAUACCACAAGUAGGGCAGAUGCUAUCAGUGAGACCGAGGAGCAAAUAUUGGCCACGAACCCGGUUAUGGAAGCCUUUGGGAAUGCCAAAACAACGCGAAACGACAACUCUUCACGGUUCGGGAAGUAUAUUGAGAUUAUGUUCGAUGAAAGGACCAAUAUCAUCGGCGCAAAGAUCAGAACGUACCUUUUAGAGAGAUCUCGUUUAGUCUUUCAGCCUCUCAAGGAGCGCAACUAUCAUAUUUUUUAUCAGCUUGUAGCUGGCGCAACAGACGCAGAAAAGCAAGAGCUUGGUCUUGUAUCAGUUGAGGACUUCGACUAUCUCAACCAAGGCGGGACGCCAAUUAUCGAUGGUGUCGACGAUAAGGCAGAAUUCAAUGCGACGAGGAAAUCCUUGAGUACUAUCGGUGUGUUAGAGGACACGCAGGCCGAAAUAUUUCGCAUCCUCGGAGCCCUCUUACACCUUGGCAAUGUUAAAAUCACUGCCACUCGAACCGAUUCGACCUUGUCUCCUUCGGAACCUUCCCUUGUGCGGGCCUGCGCCAUGCUUGGCAUUGACUCCAACGAGUUUGCGAAAUGGAUAGUCAAAAAGCAGCUCAUAACUAGAGGCGAAAAGAUUACGUCCAAUUUGACGCAACAGCAGGCAACAGUUGUUCGUGAUUCGGUAGCCAAAUUCAUAUAUUCCAGUCUCUUUGAUUGGCUUGUUGACAAAAUAAAUCGUGGUCUAGCAUCCGGUGAAGUUCUUAACAAGUUCAAAUAUUUCAUCGGUGUCCUAGAUAUAUAUGGGUUUGAACAUUUUGCGAAAAAUUCUUUCGAGCAGUUUUGUAUCAAUUACGCUAAUGAGAAACUGCAGCAAGAGUUCAAUCAACACGUGUUCAAGCUGGAACAAGAAGAAUAUAUUCGAGAGCAAAUCGAUUGGACCUUCAUUGAUUUCUCAGACAAUCAACCAUGUAUUGAUUUGAUUGAGGCAAAACUGGGGAUAUUAUCCCUCUUGGAUGAGGAGUCGAGGCUGCCGAUGGGUUCUGAUGAAAAAUUCGUGACUAAGCUGCACCACAAUUUCGCUGCCGAUAAGCAAAAAUUCUACAAGAAACCCCGGUUCGGAAAAUCGGCGUUCACCAUAUGUCACUAUGCUGUGGACGUAACUUAUGAAUCCGAUGGUUUCAUAGAGAAGAACAGGGAUACCGUCCCGGAUGAGCACAUGGAAGUCUUGCGCAAUUCGUCCAAUGAAUUUGUCAAAGAUAUAUUGGAUACCGCUGCCGCCGUCCGCGAAAAGGAUUCUGCAUCUAUCUCAUCUAAGCCAGUCGCUGCCCCGGGUCGUAAAAUCGGUGUUGCUGUCAACCGCAAACCUACCCUUGGGGGAAUCUUCAAGUCGUCGUUGAUCGAACUCAUGCACACCAUAAACUCUACCGAUGUACAUUAUAUACGCUGUAUCAAACCCAACGAGGCUAAAGAACCCUGGAAGUUUGAGGGUCCUAUGGUCCUCAGCCAACUAAGAGCCUGUGGUGUGCUCGAAACCGUCCGUAUCAGCACUGCUGGAUACCCUACUCGUUGGACUUACGAGGAAUUCGCGAUUCGCUACUACAUGCUUUGUCAUUCGUCGCAAUGGACAUCUGAAAUUCGAGAAAUGUGCCAUGCUAUUUUGCAAAAAGCUCUGGUGGAUGGUAGCAACAAGAAGCAAGAUAAGUACCAGCUAGGCCUCACGAAGAUAUUUUUCCGGGCAGGCAUGCUGGCGUUCCUUGAAAAUCUUCGGACGUCUAGAUUGAAUGAGUGUGCAGUCAUGAUACAAAAGAAUCUGCGAUGCAAGUACUAUAGGCGCCGUUAUCUCGAAGCACGCGCCUCUAUUCUCACGACUCAAGCCAUGAUCAGGGGAUUCUUAGCCAGGCAGCAUACAGCAGAGGUGCGCAAGAUCAAAGCUGCGACUUCAAUUCAAAGGGUGUGGCGGGGACAUAAGGAGAGGAAAAAAUAUAAUGUCAUCCGUGCAAACUUCAUUUUAUUCCAAUCCAUUGCGAAGGGCUUCCUCUGCCGGCAAAAUAUAAUGGACACGAUACAUGGAAAUGCUGCGAAGGUCAUACAGCGCGCUUUCCGCUCCUGGCGACAACUACGGGCCUGGCGGCUAUAUCGCCGAAAGGUAGUCAUCGUGCAGAACCUUUGGAGGGGAAAGCAGGCGAGAAUACAAUACAAGAAGCUACGAGAGGAUGCAAGGGAUUUAAAGCAGAUCUCUUACAAGCUGGAAAACAAGGUGGUGGAGUUGACUCAGUACCUCGAGUCUUUGAAACGUGAAAACAAGUCGUUGAAUUCACAGUUGGAGAACUAUGAAACCCAGGUAAAAUCCUGGAGGAGUCGUCACAAUGCUUUGGAGAAUCGCUCGAGAGAACUUCAAGCGGAGGCUAAUCAGGCAGGAAUUAAUGCUGCUCGAUUGGCUGCCAUGGAGGAAGAGAUGACUAGACUACAGCAAAAUCAUAGCGAAGCGCAAGCAACUAUCAAGCGCCUUCAAGAAGAAGAAAAGGCAUCGCGAGAGUCGAUUCGUUCUGCAAAUGAGGAAUUACAGCGGCUUAAACAAUUGAACACUGAGUCUGAUGACGAAAAAGCAUCUCUUCGCCAGCAGAUUGCCGAUCUUGAAGAACAACUAGAGCUUGCGAAGAGGACCUUGCCUAGUAGCGGCUUGAACGGUGAUCAGCAGAACGGCGGCGCUAUUCCACCACCUGCCAGUGGCUUAAUUAAUUUAGUUUCCUCUAAGAAGACAAAGCCAAAAAGACGCAGUGCCGGUGCGGAGAGAAUAGAGACAGAUCGUUUCAGUGGUGCCUACAACCCGCGCCCCGUCUCCAUGGCUAUUCCCAGUUCUUUAGUGCGUCAAAAUCUUUCGGGCAACACCUUCUCACCUGGGCUGGACUCUGUCGAGGUUGAGCUUGAAAACUUACUUUCUGAGGAGGAUGAACUUAACGAAGAGGUCACGAUGGGCUUGAUACGCAAUUUAAAGAUUCCGCUCCCUAGUUCUACACCGCCACCAACUGAGAAAGAAGUUUUAUUCCCCGCUUACUUGAUCAACCUUGUCACAUCUGAAAUGUGGAACAACGGCUUCGUCAAAGAAUCAGAACGAUUUUUGGCGAAUGUGAUGCAGUCAAUCCAGCAAGAGGUAAUGCAACAUGAUGGUGACGAUGCUAUAAACCCCGGGGCCUUCUGGCUAUCUAACGUUCAUGAAAUGCUUUCUUUUGUGUUCUUGGCCGAGGACUGGUAUGAGGCACAAAAAACCGACAAUUACGAGUACGACCGGCUGUUAGAGAUUGUAAAGCACGACUUGGAAAGCCUUGAGUUCAACAUAUAUCAUACCUGGAUGAAGGUGCUGAAAAAGAAACUUUAUAAAAUGAUCGUUCCUGCAAUUAUCGAGUCUCAAUCCCUUCCAGGAUUUGUCACAAGUGAAACUAAUCGUUUUCUUGGAAAGCUACUUCCUUCAAACAAUAACCCAGCUUAUAGUAUGGAUAACCUCCUCAGUCUGCUGAACAAUGUUUACAAAGCAAUGAAGGCUUUCUAUCUCGAGGAUUCAAUCAUUACUCAGACUGUUACCGAACUUCUUCGACUCGUCGGUGUUACCGCUUUCAAUGACCUUCUCAUGAGGAGAAAUUUCUUGUCUUGGAAGCGUGGCCUCCAAAUAAAUUACAACAUAACUCGUAUUGAAGAAUGGUGUAAAAGCCAUGAUAUGCCGGAAGGGACGUUGCAGCUUGAACACUUGAUGCAAGCGACCAAGCUCCUCCAGUUGAAAAAGGCCACACUCAACGACAUUGAGAUUAUCCAGGAUAUUUGUUGGAUGCUAUCCCCAAAUCAGAUUCAGAAGCUUCUGAAUCAAUACCUGGUGGCGGAUUAUGAGCAGCCGAUUAAUGGCGAGAUUAUGAAAGCCGUAGCCUCCCGUGUCACGGAAAAGAGUGACGUCUUGCUCCUGACGCCUGUAGAUAUGGAAGAUAGUGGUCCCUAUGAGAUUGCUGAACCUCGCGUUAUAACAGCCCUAGAGACGUAUACACCGUCAUGGUUGCAAACACCGCGACUAAAACGUCUUGCGGAGAUUGUCUCUGCUCAGGCGAUGGCUCAGCAAGAGAGGCUUGAAAUGGCAGAAAUGGCAUGAUAUCUGCCGAGUAUGCUGUAAGUACAGUGCGUUUCGUUUUGUCAUCAUUUCUAAAUGAUGAUCAAAAUAUACAUUGCUUUUUUCUUUGAGCAGCGCUAGAUCUAUAGUUGGACACGAGAAGACUUGACGUGUGCGCCCGGGGGUUUUUUUUUUU